CACUUUCCCCAUUCGGGCCCCCCAAGCCCAUUGUAUCUUUCCAAGGGUCUCCUCCCAUCCUCAUCCUUGGGAGACACGAUGAUACUGUAGCUGCCAGCUGCUGUGUCUUUUUUCCUUCUUCUAGAGCCCAUUAUUAUUCGACUGCCGGUUUUCCUGGCCCUACGGAGCAUUAAGUGGUACCUGCUCCUCGUGUCUGUACAGGCCCUGCUGCGAACCCCCCAGUGGCACACUGUAGGUACUGUCGCCGUACAUACAGUAGAGAGAGAACUAGAAAAAUAUCCCGACGCCUACCUUACCUUAGUGAAGUAGUGAUGACCCUCAGCUUGAGGUCCAGCGAAAUUAUCAAAUUGACGAGAAAUCCACUUUAACAUUCCCAUCCCCAUUUCGUCCAUCCCCUUCCCCUCUUUUGUCUCUUCCUUUUCUGUUCUGGGUUCGCUCCUUCUUUUUCUGCUGGCCGGGUUCUUCCUUCCUGCCACCUAGCACCUGCCACCUGCCGCUCCCACUCCGAACCCGACCUUAACCUGCCCUGUCUCGCCAUUGCCAUCGCUCGCCCGUUACCAUUUCAAAAGAAGGGUCCUUCCUGCCUUGCCCUGUCCGCAACCGUUGGCCGAACUAUUGCCUCCUGGACUUUCAUGAUUGUUUGCGCCUUGGAAUAUAUUGCCACUGCCGGGAUUGGUCAUUCUGACUUAUUCGUCAUAUUCUUUCAAUUUAACUUUUAACGUUUAACUUUUUUGGUUGGUCUUCUUUUAUUCUUCUUUCUAUCAGUUAUCAUUAUUCUCUCUUGACUUGAUUAUUAUUCAUUUUCCAAUCUGUUGCUGUUAGUUAUCCCCUCUUGUUCACUCCCACGCACCUGCAUUUAUCCUUGAAUGUGACGUUGCUGCUCUCUAUUACAUUGCAUUUGCUUUUUAUUUUCGCAUGCUGCCCCUGCCAUCAAACAAUUCCAAUUCUCAUUCUUCGUUCCUUUCAUCUGCUGACAUUCGCGCUCGCUUUUGCAGGGUCUUCCCCUCCGCAAUUCAACAAAACCUUCCACCACCUGCUUCGAUUCUUUAGCAAAAGCAGGCUAGUAUUCUCUGACCGCUACCUGCCGCCAGCAUCUUCAGCUCCGACGACUAAACUCUAACACCCGCACUCAACCACACCCAUUCCUCCCGUUUCGAGAACACAAUCCACGACUGAAGCCACCAAACCCACGAUAUCUUCAAAACACAAGCCUUUGCAAAUCUUAUCUACCGCUACCAAAGCCACGAUUUCAAUUGCGAUCAAGUUUCGAAUUCAUUUGCAGCUAGUCUGAUCGGCCUCUCCGCGUGUCGAGUCCGCCUUCGUAACGCCCUCUAGAACACAAUCCAGCCUCAUCACACCCUUAGUGGAUCCGAAAUCGUUGCCUCCCUCGCAAGCGUGCAUGCUCCGACUUCGAGACCUUUAAACCACGUGGAACUAUUUGGUCUCGACUUGCCCCUCUCCACAACACCCCUCGACGACGAGUUCACGCGACUCUUGGGACACCUACACCGACAUACCAUCAAUCCAUUGAGUCGGCUAUUCAGGUUGACUUUUGGUGCCCCCUAAUUACUGUUAUCUGUGUCGUCACACGAUUGUGGAUGUCGCAGUAACUUCGUAUAUUCUGUGCGACAAGUUACGACUUAUUACGAGUUAUUUGAAUCGAGCGACAACCACCACUUCACCCACAUACCAUACUAUACUAUAAUGGCAGUCAACGAACUCCCAAAUGCUCCUGCAGAGCACCCCCAUGCAAUCGCACGAUCAGAUUCCUCCACCUCAUCGAGCCCUGAAGAUAACAACGAGCCCAUUAUUCACCAGCCCGUCCCUGUCCGACCUGGCCUACCUCAACGGAAAAGCAGCGGCCCUCUAGUUGUCCCUCGCGACAGCUCAGCAGUUGGUCCUCUCGAGCCUGACUUUGGCCCAGAUGACGUCAGGGCGAUGAGCCCCAGGAGAACGAGUGAGGAUCUUGAUAGGAUUGGAAAGGCUGCGCGCGAAGAAAUGCGAAGACACGCCAAGGCAUUACAGGACUCUCUCCUCACAAUCUUCAACCGCAUCGAAGCCGUUCGCGAAGAACAUGACAAGCUCGAUAACAACAACAAGUUCUUGCAAAAGUACAUUGGCGACUUGAUGAGCACUAGCAAGAUCACAGCGACGAGCAGCCAACGCAAGAAAUAAGUCUACCUCAGGACAUCAGACACAAUGUCUUGACUUUCCAUUCACAACCAUCAUACAUCGAUUCGACGGGCUAGGUGUGACUACAUCUAACAUCUACGCCAACACUUUAGAAGCAUUCGACAUUAUACUUGGGAUUCGUGACUUUUUAGGGCCCAGAGUGGGCAUGAUACCCGCGCCUUGACAGCGCAGUUUCUUGAACUCUACCUCUUAGGUCAGAGGAAAAAACAUUACAUUUGCAUUUCACUGUACAUUAACGCAUUAUGAAACCGGGAGCAGUUGGGAUCGAUCCCUCAUGAUGGAUGGAUCAUCGCACGGUGGGAGCACACUGGAGCUUUGGAUUUCUCGGUUUUGCAUGAUAUUGCAUCACCUGCAUUGCGCUACGUCUUGUCGGGGUCGCUGUACCCUUUUGUUCGCGCAUUGGUUUGGCGUUUUGAGCUUGCAGCAUACAAGGACUGGGAUGAAUGUCUGGUGUUUUUGUAUUGUACCAUGGUAUUAUUAUACGGCUUGAUUACUGUAGCUUCUAUAGAGAGAAGCUCAGAGUGGAGUGACGGGUAUGGGUUACUGGCAUCUAUCUGCCAGGGGGCACGGAGUGAGGUUCGUAAAAAGAGUAUCAUCAUUGUUUUGAGUGAAGUGUCUUGGUCUUUGCCUUUGCCUUUGCAGAAUGAUACCAAUGCAAUACCGUGAGUUGAGAGUAGUCAAUAAAAUCGAGAUUUCAACAAAUA